GGCUUCGUCGUCUCUAAUCUCUUUCUCUUUCUCCGUCGCCACCAUGUUUGAGUACCGGUGCAGCUCCAUCGAUUGGAAGCCAUCUCCGGUGGUGGCUCUUGCUACCAGCUCCGACGGCUCUCAGGUUGCCGCAGCUCGGGAGGAUGGUUCUCUUGAGCUCUGGCUCGUCUCUCCCGGUGCUUCCUCUUGGCACUGUCAACUCAUCAUUCAUGGAGAUCCAAAAUCGAGAAUCUCGCACCUUGCGUGGUUUGGUACUGGUUCUAAAGGUUCGUCUUCUGCUAGAUUGUUUUCUUCGAGCAUCGAUGGCACAAUUUCAGAGUGGGAUCUUUUCGACUUGAAGCAAAAGGUCGUUCUAGAGUCACUUGGAGUAUCAAUCUGGCAAAUAGCUCUGGCGCCUCUUUCCAUUGAAGCAGAAGGUAAAGAAGCUACACUGAUUCAGAAUGGAUACUUGAGUGAGAAAUCAGAUGACGAGGAAGAAAGUGGAGUUGAAGAUGAUUCAGAGUUGGACGAGCUUGAUGAGAGAGUAGAGGCCUUGGAUAGGCAUCUUGCAGCUGCUUGUGAUGAUGGCUGCGUGAGGAUAUAUUAUAUCUCUGAAUCAGACAAGUUAACUUACUAUAGAUCGUUACCUAGGGUCAGUGGUCGUGCUUUAAGUGUGACGUGGAGUUCGGACGCACAGAGAAUCUUUUCGGGUAGUAGCGAUGGGCUGAUAAGAUGCUGGGAUGCUAAUCUAUGCCAUGAGGUAUAUAGAAUCACAGUUGGACUUGGAGGACUGGGAAAUGGGUCUGAGCUCUGUAUCUGGUCACUUCUUUCGUUGAGAUGUGGAGUUCUUGUCAGUGGAGAUAGUACAGGAAGUGUCCAGUUUUGGGAUAGCCAGCAUGGAACCCUUUUGCAGGCGCAUUCUAAUCACAAGGGUGAUGUCAAUGCUCUUGCAGCAGCCCCAAGUCAUAACCGGGUGUUUUCUGCAGGCGCUGAUGGACAGGUUAUUCUAUAUAAGCUCUCUGGUGGUACAUUUAAAUCACAAGAUUUUAAACCUUCUUCCGCUCAGAAGUGGGAUUAUAUUGGUUGUGUAAGGGCUCAUACACAUGACAUCAGGGCUCUAACUGUUGCAGUGCCAAUAAGUUGGGAAGGUUCCCUUCCAGACAGUAAUGCAAAAGUAACAAGUCCUAAACAGCGCAGGAAGGAAAAGCCGGUUGGUUUCAGUUACCAUAAAUGGGCACAUUUGGGGGUUCCGAUGCUCAUUUCAGCUGGUGAUGAUGCAAAGCUUUAUGCAUACUCGGUUCAAGAGUUUACUAAGUUCCCUCCACAUGAUAUAUGUCCCGCGCCUCAGAGAGUGCCCAUGCAGAUGGUACAUAAUACAGUGUUCAAUCAGACUUCUCUUCUCUUGGUUCAGGAUUCUUGUUCUUUAGAUAUUCGUCGUAUUCACAUAAGCAAUGAUUCCAGUGGGCGAGUCUCCACCAAGCCAUUGGUUCGCGUUAAAAGUAAAGAUGCCCGGAAGAUCAUAUGCAGUGCAAUUUCUAACACAGGAUCACUUUUUGCUUAUUCUGAUCAAGUUCGCCCAAGUCUGUUUGAGUUGAAGAAAAAUGAACUUGGAAAGAAUCCAUGGAGUGCUAAUAGAAAGCGACUUCCCAAUCUUCCGUUUGCCCAUUCCAUGGUUUUCAGCUGUGACUGCGCUCGGCUGAUAAUUGCUGGACAUGAUAGAAGGAUAUAUAUUGUUGACGUUGGUAGUAUGGAGCUAUUACAUUCUUUUACUCCACGCCAGGAGGGGCAGGAAGGCGAAUCUCCUCCUCGCGAGCCUCCAAUUACAAAACUGUAUACUAGCUCAAAUGAUGAUUGGUUAGCUGCUAUCAAUUGCUUUGGGGACAUAUAUGUGUUCAACCUGGAAACGCAGAGGCAGCACUGGUUCAUAUCAAGGCUGGAUGGUGCAUCUGUUGCAGCCGCUGGUUUUCAUCCGAGGGACAACAAUGUGCUUGUGAUCUCGACCUCUUCAAACCAGGUCUUUGCAUUGGACGUGGAGGCUAGAGAGUUGAGCAAGUGGUCAUUGUUGCACACUUUUUGUUUGCCAACGAGCUACCAAAAUUUUCCUGGUGAGGUCGUAGGACUCUCAUUCUCUCCGUCACCAAGUUCAUCAUCUGUAAUCAUUUACAGCUCCAGAGCUAAGUGUUUGAUUGAGUUUGGGAAGCCCGCGGAACAAGACGAGGAAGCGGAUUCGCCAUGCAAUCUGUCUGAAAAGCUAGAAGGUAAACUUGCAAGCAUUGGUAUGAAAUUGGGGAAUGGUGCUCAAAAACGUAGACCCAUUGCUCCUAAGCCCGGGACGCCUCGAGUUAAUGACGAUGACCCUUCUUCCUCUAUGUCUCACAAGAUCAGCCAAUCUCCUUACCUUCGUAACCUCUGGCCUCAGCUUCAAGCGCGGCCUACAAGAACCCGCAAGCGAGGCCGAGGCGGGAUGGGUCCCUCUUCUCUUACUAUGAAGAGACCAAAGUCGUUAUGCGGUUCUUCUCCCACUUCUACUAAUUCUACACAACGUGUUCUUGGACCUAUUAAAACACUGUCGUUUCAGGCUUUCACUCAUCAUGGGUUACCUAACCUAGCUCAAGUUGGCUACGCUUUGGACAAUGGUGGCUCUUCGGCUUUGGUGACUUUGCCUCUUCUUCAAUGCUCUCCUCCUUCCUCCAAAUGCAUGGAGCCAGACAUCAAAGGAAAAGGUGUCAUUGAUCUUAACAAGACCGCGGAAGUGAUACAAGAGAGAGAUUUCUUGACGCAACUACAAGGACCCAUCACCACACCCACAACCGCAACCACAAGCAGAGUCAUAUCACCGCAGGCCAUAAGACCGGUUUGCUCAAAAAUCAACGUAGCCUACAUAAACCCACUAACCAACCCAUCUCCACCAUCUCAAACCAGCAAGAAAUCACCAAGAGAGGUCGAAGAGGAAGUCGAAUCCGAUGACUUGCCCUCUGUGAUCACCGAUUCCAACAACAGGGUCAGGCUCGUGAACUCCGCUUACAAGGAAAUGAUGGGGCAGCCCGAGUGCUCGUGGCUGGAUUCAAUGGUGAGAGGGAAGAGGAUCUGUGGGGAAGUGAUGAUCCAUUUUUGUGAAUCCAAAAUUCCAGUGAUGACUGAGAAUAAUGGGUUUUCUUGCUGGGUGAGGAUAGAUUGGGGAAGAGUCGGUAAGGAGGAGUACAUGCAUGCCUUUUGCGAUGUUACGAAACUUGCUUGCGAUUCCAAAGAUUAUGUCUUUACGUGGAGGUUUCACGCAACCACUGACCGCAGAGAGACUUGUCAGUCAAGCUGCAACGUUUAGAUUAGGUUUUGGAAUAUGUGUGUUACCCUUUCUAGUAGUUCUUUAGCGUAAUGAUAUAUCUAUAUAUAUAUUAUCUAUAGCAAAUAUGUAAAUGUCAGUUAGUCAUAAUUUCUGCUGUUGAAAUACAGUAUGAAUUAAGAA